AUGUUGUGUGGACGCUUCCAGUGGGCAGAGAGAGUCACUGGGAUUCUGGUUGUAGAGGGACAUAAGCGUGGAAGGUUGUCUGGCGACACGGAAGAGGGUAUCACUGUCACUAUGGGAGUUUCCCUUGCAGUGGUGGUAGAGGAAGAAGAUGUCAUGGUUGACGUUCCUUUCUCAGUAGUGGUCAUAGGGGAGGCCUUGAGCAUCCAGAGGAGGCCGAGGAGCCCCAGCAGCUGCAUUGACCCAGCAGGCAGAGGGCUGGUGCAGAGCAGGUUCCAGGGCCAGGACAGCGGCAGGGACCGGGACGUGCUUGCAAUGAAAGUGCUGGUUAUCUGUUCUACUGAGCACAGCCUCACCUUUGCACCGCCCCACCUCACCCCUCUUCCUUCCUUCUCCCUGCACCUGGACAGACGUCAGUGCUGUGGGAAGCAGGGACACGAGGGAAAAGGACAAAUCCAGGAGGUGUCAGGCAGGGAGAGUCGCUGGUGGCCCAGCCCCACAGCCUGCCUGGCCCAUGUGGAGCUGCCUGGAAACUGCCCUUCCUCCCCCACGCCCAUGGAGGGGCAGAUCAGCGUCAGAGAGGCCAUUGAGAGGCACCCAAAGCCAUCCUGGGAGGAGGACGUGAAGGUCCAGCUGGGAACCCAACUCCCCUGGAAAUGGGGGCUCCACCUGAUGAAAAGGGCCCGGAGCCGUGGAGCUGCCGCCUCCCCGCCCCGUGAGCUGCCGGAGCCGGCGGCCCGCCGAGCCGCCCUAGCGGCGGGGCUGCACCUUCGCCCUUUCCCUGCCGCGGGGGGCAGAGGCGGUGGCGGCGGCCCGGCCGCUGCCCGGAGGAACCCUUUCGCCCGCCUGGACAACCGACCGCGGGUCGCCGCGGAGCUCCCCGACGGGCCGGCCCGCGAGCAGCCGGAGGCGCCGGGCCCGUUUUUAGAUUCUAAUCAAGAAAAUGAUUUGCUAUGGGAAGAGAAGUUCCCUGAAAGAACAACUGUUACUGAAUUACCCCAGACUUUGCAUGUAUCGUUCUCCGAGUCUGAUAUUCCGUCCUCAGAAAAUACUGAGUUACCUGUGGACUGGAGUAUUAAAACCCGACUGCUUUUCACCUGUUCUCAACCCUUUACCUGGGCAGAUCAUUUGAAAGCACAGGAAGAGGCUCAAGGUCUUGUCCAGCAUUGCAGGGCAAUAGAAGUUACUUUGCCUAAAAGUAUACAGGAUCCCAAACUCUCCACUGAGCUCCGUUGUGCCUUCCAGCAGAGCCUUAUCUAUUGGCUCCACCCUGCUUUGUCUUGGCUACCACUGUUCCCUCGUAUUGGAGCUAAUAGAAAAAUGGCUGGAAAGACAAGUCCUUGGUCAAAUGAUGCAACCCUGCAGCAUGUUUUAAUGAGUGACUGAUCCGUGAGCUUUACUUCUGUAUAUAAUUUGCUGAAGACAAAACUUUGCCCCUAUUUCUACGUUUGUACCUAUCAGUUUACUGUCCUGUUCCGAGCAGCAGGAUUAGCUGGAAGUGACUUCAUCACAGCUCUCAUAUCUCCUACAACUCGAGGUUUAAGAGAAGCUAUGAGAAAUGAAGGUAUUGAAUUUUCUCUGCCUUUAAUAAAAGAAAGUGGCCAUAAGAAGGAGACAGCAUCUGGAACAAGCUUGGGAUAUGGGGAGC